AUGAUCCAAAUUAUCGCUGCAGCCGUGGCGAUCAUCUUGGCAGCUUAUCUGCUUAAAGAUAAGAUGAUCAGUAAGCAGGAAGCUCGUGUACCUGUCCCGGCAGCCAACACUGCCACUCGUAAUAUUAUCGAUAAGAUGCAGUCGACGAGAAAGCGUGUUAUAAUCUUCUACGGUUCACAGACUGGCACUGCUGAAGAGUACGCCCUCAAAAUAGCCAAAGAGUUGAAGCACAGAUAUGGCCUUGGUGUACUCAUCGCAGACCUCGAUGACUACGAAUACGAGUGUUUGCCUCACUUCCAUCAAGACUGGGCUGCUGUUUUCGUUAUGGCCACUUACGGUGAAGGUGAACCCACAGAUAACGCUGUCGCUUUCAUGGAUUUCUUGGAUUCUCCAGAGUUUGAAGACGGCGCUGAUUCCAUUCCUAACCUCAAAUAUCUUCUCUUUGGCCUCGGAAACAAAACUUACACUGAAUUUAACGGCGCUGCACGUAAAUUGGACAACAAACUCAACAAACUCGGCGCUAUCCGUAUCGGUGAGAGGGGCGAGGGUGAUGAUAACAAGAGCAUGGAAGAGGAUUAUCUCGCUUGGAAAGAUCCUGCUUUCGAUGCACUCGCAAAGAGCCUUAACAUAGAAGAAGGCACCGCUGCAGAAGAGGCUGACUUUAGAGUAACCGAAAUUUCUCAAAUCCCAGAUGAAAAGGUCUACCUCGGUGAACUCUCAGCUAGAGCUUUACACGGCACAAAAGGUAUACACGACGCCAAGAAUCCUUAUGCAGCUCCCAUUAUCAAGUCAAAUGAUCUUUUCAAAAUUGGUACAGAACGUAGCUGUAUACAUACAGAGUUCUCUAUCCAAGAUAGCAGCCUUAAGUACCAACACGGUGAUCAUGUCGGUUUGUGGCCUGUCAAUGCCGAAGUGUAUGUAGAAGAGACGCUCAAAAUUCUUGGCCUUUCAGAUAAACGUCAGACUGUUAUUCAGAUCGAAUCCCUAGACCCUGCUCUCGCUAAAGUCCCAUUCCCACAACCGACAAACUACGAGACGGCCUUCAGACACUAUUUGGACAUCUCAGCAACGGUAUCGCGUCAGACGCUUGCUUUGUUUGCAAAACACGCUCCAACGGAUCAAGCAAAGUGUGUACUUUCGGAGCUGGGUAGUAGCAAAGAGAAAUACAAGGAGGUAGUAUCUGACCACUCUAUGAGAUUACACGAGGCUCUCGAACACGCUUCAACUGAGACAUGGUCAAUUCCAUUCGAAGAUAUCAUCUCAUCCAUGCCGCGUCUCUCGCCUCGCUACUAUUCCAUUUCCUCCUCACCUAAACUUAACCCGAACGCUAUCCACAUCACAGCUGUAGUUUUACAAUAUAAGAGCGCGGGUAAUGCCAACAAGAAUGUUUAUGGUUUAGCCACCAACUACGUCCUCAAUAUAAAGCAAUCAGUCAACAAUGAUAGUAUUUCAUAUAGUGCACCAGUAGAUGCACAAAUAAUAGCACCACCUCAAUACGCGAUACAGGGUCCGAGAGGUGCAUAUGCUCGUGAUGGCCACUUCAAAGCGCCAAUUCACGUGCGCAGAUCAAACUUUAGAUUACCAAAUUCACCGAAAAUACCCAUCAUAGCAGUAGGACCAGGCACUGGUAUUGCGCCAUUCAGGGGAUUUGUGCAGGAGAGGGUGCACCUAUCGCGUCGCUACAAGGAGAAGAAUGGAGCUGAUGCGCUCAAUGAGUGGGGCAAAUUCUACCUCUUCUACGGAUGUAGGAGGAGUGAUGAGGAUUUCCUUUACAAAGAGGAGUGGCCGGAGUAUGGAAAAGAGCUUGGCGAUUCGUUCGUCAUGCGCACUGCGGUGAGUAGGGAAAGCGAGAAGAAGGUUUAUGUCCAAGAUCAUGUCUGGGAAGCUAGGGAGGAGUUGGCGGAUGCGAUACUAAAUAAGCGCGCAUAUAUUUACAUCUGCGGCGAGGCUAGCAAUAUGGCCAGACAAGUGGAGGAGACACUCCAGCGCAUCCUCGGCGAGGCUAAACAAGGUACGGCUGAGGUGGAAGGUGCGCAAGAGAUACGCCUACUUAAGGAGAGAAACCGGAUACUUACAGACGUUUGGUCAUAG